AUGUCCUCACCAAGUACCAUUCCCGAUACGGAUCCUGAAGAAACCAGCAGCAGCUCUACUCCUGAAUCAGUCAAAUCGGAUUUCAGCAUCCCAUGGCAUAAAUUCUCACGCACUGUGACGAAAAAGUGUGCCAGUCGGAAGUGGCUUACUGCCUCAGAGACACGUGAAGUUAAGCGAAUUGUCAGUGAUGAAAUGUUGGGAGUGGGAGUUACUAAACGUGGAUCCAUUCGCAAGGCUGCCAAAGCCAUUUGUGACAGAUACCCUUGCUCCUUUGAAGACAGGGGUAUUGGAGGAACCAAACUGGGCAAUGGGUACCAGUCUCUUUUCUCUGGAAUAGAGAAUCGCAUUUACAAUGAGACUCAUAAGAUUCGCAAACGGAAAGCUGAGGUGCUGCAGUCAAAAGCUUCGGAUGACAGCACGAAGGGUACUGGUGACUUCGAUAUGUAUGGCUGCAAACAGGGCAUGUGGUUGCCACACUGUCAAAAUAAAGACGAGGUCAAUGCCCAGAUGGAGAAGAAAAAACAGCUGCAGAAUCUGAAAGAGCUACCAGACGGUGACGUUGAGGAAGUGACGAAGCUAAUGACUGACACGUACCAUCUCCAGCGCAAAGAUAUUUGCAGUGGCAUGCCUAUUGUUGAACUCAAUAAGGAGUGGCCUUUUCUCUUAACCUGCAAGUGUCUUGUCAACCAUUUCCACAUGCUCACCGAAAUAAAUUUGCAGUCUGCGAUGGAGGUUUCGCUUCAUGCUAGGAACAAGGGUUGUCGCAUUUACGAGUACGUUUUGUCAGGGCCACAGAAAAAGAAGUAUGGGGAUCUGAAGCAGUGGAUUCGCAUCAUAAAGGCCGAGGUGGAGGAGACAAAAUCAACUGACCCUCAAUGCCAAGGUGUUUCCUUCCUGCUCCUGCACUACUUCGAAGAAGAAGAAGAAGAUAGGCUGUUUCGCUUCUAUGGAUUGGACGUAGAGACGUGCGGUAAUCCACUCCCGUAA